CGCCGAGCGCGGAGCUGCUGCUGCGCAUUCAGGUGGACGACUCCAAGGCCGUGUGCGUGAUGAGCAACAAGUACGGCGCCCCUCUCGCCGAGGCCCCCUCUCUGCUGCGGCGCGCCGCCGAGCUGGGCCUGCGCGUGCGCGGCGUCUCCUUCCACGUCGGCUCGGGCUGCUACUCGCCGCAGGCGUACGUCGCCGCCGUGCAACGAGCUGCCCACGUCUUCUCGCUCGCCGAGGAGGCGGGCGGCCGGAUGGACCUGCUCGACUUGGGCGGAGGCUUCCCGGGCGUCGACAGCGCGGAGCUCUCCUUCUCCUCCAUCGCGGCGGCGCUGCGCCCGGCCCUCGACGCCUCCUUCCCGCCCUCGCGCGGCGUGCGCUUGCUCGCCGAGCCAGGCCGUUUCCUGGCCGCCGAGUCGCACACGCUCGCCGCGGCGGUGAUUGGCAAGAAGCGGGUGGCCGACGCCGCCGCCGAAGGAGGCACGCGGCAGAUGCUCUACAUCAACGACGGCCUGUACGGCUCCUUCAACUGCCUCCUCUACGACCACGCGUCGGUGACGCCGGAGCCGCUGCCCGCGUCGGUCGCGGCGCGGGCAGCGGUCGGCGAUGGUCCGAGCCCUUGGCCUGCGCGGCCGCCUCCGCAGCCCGCCGCCGUCUGGGGGCCAACGUGCGACGGUUUCGAUUGCGUCCUGCCCGACACCAAGCUGCCCGAGCUCGCCGUCGGCGACUGGGUCGUCUUUCGGCACAUGGGCGCCUACACCGCCGCCGCCGGCUCAAACUUCAACGGGAUGGCCCUCCCCUCCAAGGUGUAUGUCGACCCCGGAGCCGCGCAGACCCGCCCCGCCGCGGGAGCGGCUGCGGAGGUCGCGGAGGUUGCGGAGUGGGCGGCGCAUCACCGCCGCGCCGCCGCCGCCAUGUGAGCGGGCGGGGGGGGGGGCGGGACGGGGGCGGGUAACGCCUGGUGUUUGCGGCAGGGCAACAUCGCGGAGGGGAGAGGGGCAAAUCGCGCUUGCGUCGCGGGGGCGCGCGUCGUUGAGGCUUGGUUGGACGCUUGGUCUCG